AUGAUUAUUAAUUUAGCUUGCCAAAUUCAUAAAUGAAGCUUUCUGCAAAAAUUUCCUAUUUUAAUUUUUAAAAUUGUCAUCACUAUAUCUUUUUCAUUUGUGAUCUAUCCAAAACACGGAAAAAGUAAUAAACUAAUUUUUAAAAAAUCGUAUUAUUGCGUUAAAAGCACAAAUAAAAAUGGCGAAAUUUUGAAAUGCUAA